AUGCGGCUCAACCGCGUAUGCCCUUCUAGCUGGAUUAGGCCCCAGCUGUUCUCUACAGGUUGCCAGCGCCGCAGCCUACGUUCUACUGCCAGUCCAGUCCCAGGCACAUGGCUCUCAGGAGCCCGAGACUCUUCGUCACUCCCAGCUCCACCCGCAGACUUGACAGCAUCUCAGACGCAAACACUCCCUUCACCACGAUACGUCGAGGACCUCAUCUCAUCCCUCCCUCUAAUCCGCUACGUGCGCAGCACCCCAGCCACCUCAAAUCCGAGCACCGGGGUCACUUACACGGAGUUUCGCCCACUGCGCACAAUGCACCCCUCCGCGCAAUCAACGCACCUAGUAACGACCUCCAUGAUAUCCACGAGCAAACUCCCAAUUGACCCGAUCUUCUUUCUCAAACGCCCUUUAACAGAAAGUCGACCUCGAACUCAACAGAACAACAAAAUCGAGAUAAUAGCAACGGCGUACCUUUCAACCCAUCUAACGGGCCACGCAGGGUAUAUCCACGGUGGAUUACUAGGCGUCCUCUUCGAUGAUGCAUUCGCGCGUCUCGCAGCCGAGAUAUUCCCGAGUGGGAUUGGAAUGACCGCGAAUUUGACUCUGGAUUUCCGAGCUCCUGCGAUGCCAGGGAGGGUUUAUGUUUAUAGGGUUGGCAUCGAGAAGGUAGAGAAGCUGAGGAAGAUUUGGGUUUGUGGGAGUAUGAGGUGUUUAAGGGAGUUUGGGGCCCAGAACAUGUUGGAGAGAAGUGUUGAGAGUGCGAACGUAAUGGAUGGUGGCGGGUUGAGCGUGGAGGAAAGAGAGGGGGUGCUGGUUGCUGAGGCCAGAGGUUUAUUCGUUGAGCCUAAAGGCGCAAAGGGGAUGGUGCCGUUGUUUCCGAAAUAG